AUGGUAGUCAAAAUGGCGGCUGGCCUACCUCGGUCGGGGCUAUUCGAGGUGUAUAUUCGACAGCAGUGGUGUAAGGUAUUUGUGACUUUAAAUGAGGACUCAUUGACGCUGGCGUUGGAUGAAAAUCCAGAGAACCAAUCCAGUGUCACAAACGGCACGGAUACAGCUCGCACAAACGGAAGUACAUCGAAUCAAGACAAACUGCCAGAGAGCAUCACCGGCCAAAAACGUCUCGUCCGGGUUGUAAAAGAGGAACAAAAUGGAUUGGGGAUCAGUAUUAAGGGUGGCAAAGAGAACAAAAUGCCGAUUCUCAUCAGUAAAAUAUUUAAAGGUAUGGCAGCCGACAAAACUGAGAAACUCUACGUCGGUGAUGCUAUUAUGUCUGUCAAUGGAGAAGAUCUAAGGGAAGCAACUCAUGAUGAUGCAGUAAGAGCUCUCAAGAAGGCAAAAAAGGUCGUGGAAAUAGAAGUGAAGUAUAUUCCCAAGGUGAGCCCAUACAUUCGGAAGUCCUCUGCCCUCAAUGAACUGGGUUGGGGAACUCAAGAGGCACAGAGAGAUGCAGCAAAAGCAAACUGGACGGAAUCAAAGGCCAUCCCUCUCCGACUGUGUUACCUCUGUCGCAAUCUUAGCAUGUCUGACCCGGAAAAACGCACGCUGGAGUUACAUUCUCCUGAUGGAAAGAGCUCUUGUAUUUUACGAUUUCCAGACCCUGCCACUGCUAGUGACUGGUUCAGUGCUAUCCACUCCAAUGUGAACUUGCUUAUGUCUCAGUGUAUUGUGGAAGCGAACCAUGUGAUGAGUUCAGCACCCAACUCUCGUGAGGUUCGGCACAUAGGCUGGCUGUCAGAACAGCUGCUGAACGAACAAGGAAACCCAACGUGGAAGCCUGUGUUUAUUGCCCUGACCGAUAAGGAUGCACUGCUGUAUGACACUGCUCCAUGGAGUAAAGAGGAGUGGGCCACACCCUUCCAGAGUCAUCCACUAUUAGCAACUAGACUUGUCCACUCAAAUAACCAUAGUACACCUCAAACAGGAAGUGAAAUAAUGACUUUCGGCACACGGACAGGGACAAGGAACGGAGUGGAAAUUCAUGUGUUUCGUGUGGAGACUCAACGAGACCUUGCCUACUGGUCCAGAGCUUUUGUACAAGGGUCUCAUGGGGCUGCUGCACUCAUCAAAGAGGUGACUUGUGCGGUAGGAUGGCAAGGUCAGGAGUGUAAACUUACCCUACACUACGACCAAGGAUUCGCACUUACCAGUGCCAAACCUCGCGACAGCUCAGAAAAAGUGAACGUUUUCUGGACCUACCCAUAUGAUAAGCUGAGGAUGUCUGCUGAUGAUGGACAGAGACUUAUGUGGCUAGACUUUGGAGAGGAGGGAGAGCAGGAACUGGAUCUGAGAACUUGUCCAAAACCAAUGGUGUUCGUUCUGCACACUUUCCUGUCUUCCAAGGUCAACAGACUUGGCCUUGUGGCAUGACCUCUGAACCCUCAUCUCAGUCAUCAAGUGUUGCCAUGGAAAUGUGUUACUGGGUGAAUUUGGUAAAACGUGGUAAAAUCAUUUCGAAUUACUUUACCAUGGUAUUACAAAGAACUGGUGAUUUUGAAAUGGAAGUAGCUGUGAUGUCGUGAGAACAAUGAAGUCAGUCAUGACAGAUGUAAUUCUAGUGCUUUAUUGAGCAGGAAUCGAGUGAUCAUUCUAUGAUGUCACUUCCCGUGUUUCGAAGACACCUGGGUCAUUUUCGUUUAUCACAGUCCAACCAUACGGACUAGAGUUGUUGAUUUAAGAAAUGGGAAUAGACCUAGUGAUCUUAAUUCAUUUUCCUGCAGGCCAUAGGAAAAACUUUUAAGGCCAAUCUGCAAGCCUGUUAAAAUUUACCUCGGAAAUAUUACAUUGAAAGACAACUCAGUUAGUCUACACAAAGGAAAAUGCCCAUGGAGUGUUGACAUGGCAACACAGAGAUCAUAAACUACAAAAUCACGGAGUGCAUUACAUAUAGUUUUACAUAUUUACAGAAUGGAUCUGUUCACGAGAAACUUGGGUUUUACUAGUGCUGACUGGUAUAUAUCCAUAGGUCAGUGGUUUUAAGGAGAGAAUGAGUGAUGCAAGAGAGAAUGCGCUGCAGCUUUACCGUCGUAGAUCUAUAGCUAUACAAUGUAUUGAGACAUUGUGCAACGUCACAGCGAAGUGUUGAUACGGACAGGAGGCUGUUUCACCUGUGAUAUGUACAGACUCUCCGUAUUCCCCCACCCUACUAAUACCCCUUACCAUAGUGUUUAUAUAUAAUACAAUGUACCACGUGUAGUUUUAGACAAUGUGUUCUACAAUAUGGUGUUGUAUUCAAUUAAUUCCUGAAAAAUCCUCAAAAUUAACAUUACACUUUGCGGUCCUAUUUACUCGUAUCAGUGCCAGUUUUAAUAAUUAUAAAAUGUUUUCAGUAGAUGUCUAUACUCUACAAAAUACUUCUCAGGUUAAACUAGUAAACUAACUUAUUGUAAAUCUACACGGCUAAUUCUGUCACCAGCAUUGUUAUUAAAUCAGUACAUGUAGUCUAUAGACAAAAUGUCUUCAGCUGCUGCUAGAACGGGUACUUCUUGUGGAAGAAUUCAUUUUUGAAAUAUCUUUGAAAUGUUCACAAAUGAAACAGUAUUAAUUAAUAAUCAUAAAGGCAGUUCAUGUAUCGAUACAUCAGUUGCGUCUAUAGGACACUGGCCUUGUCUUCAGACAAAAGACUUUAUUCAUUUUCAAGUAAGCCCCCUCCCCUAGUGCAAAUUAUUCGUUCUUAAGUUUGGGAUGGGCUUAUUUUAAGAUUGAAGAUCAUGUAACAUUUCAGAAGAUUAAUAUUGACUGACCGUGCUUAUUUGUGGAUAAAUAUGGCCUGAUCAAUGUCUACACUAUGUUCCAUCCCACUCUACCAGGCAUAAGUGCUGCAAAAUCUUCACUGAAUCUAGUUGUUGUCUCCUGCUCCACCAGUUGUUCCUGUUAAUCAGCUAUUGAUCACAAUCACACAUUUCAGCAUUUAUAAAUUCUAUUUCAAUGAUACAAUGAUAGAUGGUAAGUGACUUGUAGACAGGGGUUCUCAUCUCAAAAUGUUUAGAGUAACUCUCUACCUAAGUUCUCAAAUGAAAGUUGAGACAUGAAGUUGUAAGUUAUCAAUAAUCAAGCUUUUACACAACACAGAUUGCUGAAUCCUCGUUUUACUUUUCGGAGUUUCUUAUAUUGGUAUCUGUAUACCAAUGUAUAUAUUAUCUGAUUACAGAUUUUAUCUUCUUACCUGGUACUCCUACAAAAUGUUCCAAAGCAAUACAGGAAUCUGUUCAGGGAUUUUAAUAAUUUAUGUUGUAUUUUGUGUUAAGAUAUUUUGUGAUAUGUCUAGGUUUUAUAAGGAGUGGUGAGGAUGGAACUUUUAUUUUACAAGAUUUAUUGGAUUAGAAUAACAUUAAUUUACUAAAGGUUCUACAACUUUUUCUAAAUUCAUGUUAUAAUCCAGACAUUUUAUUAUACAAAUGUCUAUUUCCUGAAGCAACCAGCGUACCUACUACAUCACGAUGAUGUACCUAACGGUAGUAGGUUUCUCUAAAAAAUCAGAAACACAAACCUAGAUUUUUAAGCUAUCAGUAUCUGAUUAAAUGAAGUUGAAAUGCAUUGGGUCUGCAUUCCUAAAGUUGAAUCUAGGGUUAAAUAGAUUGAUGGUAUAUAGGUUAAUUAUAGUAAAUUAUACACGAUCGUAUAUAAUAGGUUAAUUAUAGUAAAUUAUACACGAGUUAUACAUAACUUGGAUCGUAAAAAUGAUAUUUCAUUAAAUACUGUAAUACCAAAUGUCGGAUGCAUACAAAAGAGUGCUUUCAUACUUGUACAAAAUUUCAAGAAUAAAUCCAUAAUCCAUACCUGCAAUUUGGCAGGAUUUUUGUUUCUGUUAAGAUUAUUUUCAGAAUAUUAUUUUUCUUGCAUCAGAAUAUAGUGUAAUGAUAUUAAGAAUACACCCGGAGUUAUGAAAUAUUUGUACAUUGUAUGUGUGUCGGUGUGAAGAAGUGUUACCGGUAUAUAUAUUCGUUAUUGUUGUGAUAGAAUGCACAUUUUCCCUUUAUCGUAAUUUAUGCAAGAUAGACACAAGAGAAGGAUAUUCUGAUAGUCUCAUCUGUAAAGGAAUUCACUUUCAUAUUAUUUACAAAGAAAAUCAUAGAAUUAAUAUUGUAUGCCUUGGUUGUACAUACCCCCUGUACUACUAUUAUAAAGUUUAUGGAUAGUGUUGACUAUUGUAUCUUGCUAAUGUUGAUUUAAGAAGCAAUCCUGUUUCAUGUUGAUAAGUAUGCCGUGCCUUUUUCUGUACAAAUCACAAGAAUGUGUUCAUGUAAUGCACUUUUUAUCUAGGUUGUCUCCCCUUUGUAGUUAAACAUCUUUACUAUUAUCUCCCUUGUUCUGAAAUCUGAAUACUGUACAAUAGACAAGUCCAGUUAAUUGUAAUGAAGCUUUAAAUCAGGAACGAGUAUGUCUCGAGAAACACCCAAAGACACUAUAAAUGAUAAUUAAAGUUAAGCUCGUAAUUUAGGCGAGAUACUCAUUUCUGACAUGAGGUAUUUGUAUACUUGCUUCUUUGUCUUGUUCACCAAAAAUAUGUACUCGGAAUAGAUUGUACUUCCUCAUGUUGUCAUCAAAAAGGCAGGAGAUGUUCUUUACAUAUCUGUUUUGGCUAUCUGUCUACAGGGAAUUGGUGGUGGACAUCAGGUGUUAUAGUUGUGUAUUUCUUAGUUAUUAGUUCUUGUAUGGUUAUAUAUCUAUAGUUUUUCCUGUAAUGUUUCACCUUCAAGAUGUAUUCAUAGUCACAUAAACGUCAGUAAUAAAUUAUCAUAGAGGACCAUACACUUGUGUCAAUGCAAUAUAGUAUUUAUUGUCAUGAGCCUUUAGGCUAGUGAAAUCGUAAAUUACAGCUGAAUAAAUCCCAUGUAGACACUGUAAGUCUAAGAAUUCAUUUAUCAAACAAUUCAUAUUGAUGAGAAAAUAAGCGAAAACUCUCAAUUUUAUUUCCAUAAAAGGCAGGUUUCCAUACAAGGCAGGUUUACUUUGAAUGUACUUUUGUCACUACCCAGGCAGUGUGUUAUCGUAAUCGAGUGAGAUUAAGUUAAUAGAAUACAUCCUAUGCUUGUUAAUGAACAAGCUGAAUCGUUCAACUAUAUAGCAUUAUGGUAAUAAAUCUAUAAAAUGCUAUCAAUUCCUCUGUGAAGAACAGGGACUGCUGUAUUUUAGGGAAAAUCUUAUUUUAGUGCUACAUGUAUUCCAUAAUUAAAAUUUAAUAAUUUACAAAAUUUUGAGAACACCAAAUAAUCAUGUACAUAUAUGCAGCUGCAUUAUGGAUUAAAAUAUGCUGUUUGUAAAUAACAGACGACAAUUUUAACACAGAAUAAUUUGUGUUUGUGUACAGUAAUCUACCCAUAUUUUUAACCCCAGGAGAUUCAAUAUAUGUUGUACGUAAAUAUAUAAUUAUGAUAAUAUUACAACAUUAAAACAUGAUCUGAAUAAAAAUCAGACAAGAUUAUCUGAAUAAUAAUCAGGCAAUAUUAUCUGAAUAAUAUUCGGACAAUAUUUUCUGAAUUAUAAUCAGACAAAAAUGAAAAAGUGAUACAACAUGACGGUCCAGUGUUUAACUAUUAUUUUAAUGAUGACAUCACUCUGAUUUGUUUUUAACAGUAUUCAAUAGGCUCAUGUAUUAGUUUCUAUUCUCUAUCAUUUUCAUGACAGAUAUAAAAUACAUCUUAUUUGAUUUUCUCCCUUUUAAGGCCAAACAUGGAAAACAUAUGAUGAUGAUAUGCCCAUGUACCUUCUUGUAUGUGGUAUAUACAUCUACAAUAGAAUUAUAUCUCACCAACAUAAUGAUUUACUGUGUGGCCUGGUUUAACGAUCUCACCAACAUAUAUAUUUACUGUGUGGCCUAGUUAAAUGAACGAUUUACUGUGUGGCAUUGGCAACGAAUGAUUUACCGUGUGGCCUGGUUCAGCGAAUGAGUUACUGUGUGGCCCAGGUAAACAAGCGAAUAUGUUUACUGUGUAACCUGGUUAAGCGAAAGAUUUACGGUGUAACCUGGUUAAGCAAACGAUUUACUGUGUGGCCCAGGUAAACAAGUGAAUAUGAUUUACUUUGUAGCCUGGGUAAGCGAAUGAUUUACUGUGUAGACUGGGUAAACAAAUGAUUUACUGUACAGCCUGGGUAAGUGAAUGAUUUACUGUACAGCCUGGGUAAGUGAAUGAUUUACUGUGUAGACUGGGUAAACAAAUGAUUUACUGUACAGCCUGGGUAAGCGAAUGAUUUACUGUGUAGACUGGGUAAACAAAUGAUUUACUGUGUAGCCUGGGUAAACGAAUGAUUUUAUUUAUAAUUUACUGUGUACUCUAGACCUGGGUAAACAAACAAUGUUCUGUGUAGCCUGGGUAAACGAAUGAUUUUCUGUGUAGCCUGGGUAAACGAAAGACUCCGUUGUUUAUUGCUUUUGUUUAUAAGAGUGUUUGAUGAUCUUUAAUCUGUUAAAUCAUACUUGCAAUACUGACAUUUUUAAUAUUUGUAAACUAAUUAUAGAUCAUGGAUAAUGUAUAAGAAUUACUGCCCCUUCCGAUUGACAGUCUACAUUGUUGACAGUUUGGUAGUAUGUGUAUUUGUUGUUAUUGUUGUUGUUGUAGAUUUACGUUUACUCAAAAAUUUAUGUUAUUCUUUUAUGUAGUUUAUUUAAUUCAUCUUCCCUGAUUUUAUUUAAGAAUUUUUAGAAUAAAAUAAUGGACUAUAA